CCGGUCCGGCUGGUGUUGCUGCUAAUGAAUUAGUUCCGCUGAGUGUUAUCUAUGUACCAAGUGUUGAUUGAAUUAAGGGAUUACAGUACAGCACUAUCUUCAUUAGACAUUUUCUGUGUUACAAUAAGGAUUUGUUACGUGCUUGUGAGGAUUUAUCGCCCCUUACACAGCGCUGUGUUUGGAAUGUGAAAUGACAUUUGUUGAUUCGUGAUACACGUUUUUUGGUUCACACGUGUGGCUCUAGGUAUCUGGAUUAGCCUUGGUUUACUGCUAGACAGAUAAGAGACGACAUGAGACGAGAUGAUGAUGACAGAUACAGGAGAGGGGUACGCAACGGUGGGCCUGGCUUCGACAGGUUUAAUACAGACUUUGACCAAAACAGCCUGUCUGAUUUCCGCAGUAAUGAGCCCAAGUUUGAGCUGGACCAUCUGGCCACAUUUGCUGCAGGUACCAGAAAUGGAGUUCUACACGCGGAGGACGGGCUACGCAAGCUGCGACAGAUGGAGAACACCACUGGCAUAUGGACCAUGAGAUGUAUUCUCAUUGUAGAGAGGGGAUGUCUAGUCAUAUUAGAUAACAGCUCAGGGGAAGAGCUAGAAAGGUUCCCCAUACAACUGGUCCAAGACCCCACAGCAAUUUUCAAAAAUGACCGCAGAGAAAUCUACAACAACCUGAUCUUGUUUACCAUUGUGGAUGACCCAAAGAAGAGGUCAUCACAGGCUGACAUGCACAUCUUCCAGAGCUGUAAGGCACCGGCCCAGGAAAUAGUGGAUGAAAUUCUGGCAGCCAAGAAUGGACAACAGAAACUUUAUCCACCUGGAGGAUCAUCUCUGGUGAUAUAUCAGCAAAAUACUAAUAAUUAUAGGAAUUAUAGAUCUAGGCUGCCUGUCCCCCCACCAGAGCCACCAGGAACUGCCUAUGACUUUCAGAAAAUGAGAAAUUACCUGGACACAACAGAGAUGCGACAGUUUAACCAGACCAGCUACAGCCAGGGGGGUCAGUUUGGUGGACCCAUCAGCCACCAGCGCUCCUUCAUCACCCGCGUCAACACCCUCAGGGAGAAGGAAGAUCUGGGCGGGGGCAGCACAGAGAUUUUAGAGAGGGAUGUGCAACUACUGAACCACUGUUUUGACGACAUUGAGAAGUUUGUGGCCAGGCUACAGCAGGCAGCUGAGUCCUACAAGGAGCUGGAGAAGAGGAAGAGAGACAGGGGGGCCAAGAACAAGAAGAAACAAUCUGGAGAUGGGAUGCUGAAUGCCAGGGCUAGACCUCCACCUGACCAGGACUUUGUGGACAUUUUCCAGAAGUUUAAACUUUCCUUUAAUUUAUUGGCCAAGCUGAAAGCUCACAUUCAUGACCCUAACGCACCAGAGCUGGUCCACUUCCUGUUCACACCUCUGUCUCUGAUCUACGAGGCCAGCCGUGACCCGUACCAUGGCAACCAGAACCUGGGGGACCAGGCCGUGGCGCCUGUCCUGACUGGAGACGCCAAGCAGCUGCUGCUCAACUGUCUGACCUCCAAGGAGAUUGAGCUGUGGCAGGCCCUGGGCAAGCACUGGACCACAAGCAGGGACGAGUGGAACGGCCACAUCCCCCCCUACGUCCCAGAGUUCUAUGAUGGCUGGCAGCCAGCCGCUGGGGUCAUUGAUGAGCUGACGGCCAGGUCGGCAAUCAUGGCCCAGCAGCCCAUGAUUGAACCAAUGAGAACGCAACCAGUCAUUGAGGAGAGGCCCAGAGCUUAUAACCCUGUACAGCGUCCCAUGCACUACCCUGAUGAGGACAGAUUCCAUCGCAAUGAUGACUUUGACAGGUUUGAGUCUGCACCUAGGGGCUAUGAAUCAAAUCAACGUGCUUUUGAGUCUAAUCCUCGAGGAGGUUUCGAACCUUUGCCUUCAAGAGGAUUUGAACCUCUGACUCGAGGGUAUGACCCUAACGCCUCUAGAGUUUUAGAGCCACCCGGCAUGAGAGGUUAUGAGCCUCAGUCUAGAGAGAGGUCACCAUCUCGUUCCGGAAUGGGCAGCCCGUACUCGUCUGAGUUUGUAGACCAAUACCAAGUAGACAGAAAUGUGAGGCCUGACAUUCCUAAAAUGGUGGAGAGAGAGCCACACAGGGGACCCAUGUCUCGGCAAGAUGAAAACGCUGCUUAUUAUGACGAGCUCCGGCGUAAUGGAGACACUCAAAUUUACGAAGCUGUUCAUGACAGACCUGGUAAAAACCCCAAAGAACUUUCAGUCCAGAAAGGUGACGUCUUGCAGGUCUUAGACAGCAGUAAAAACUGGUGGAAGCUGAGAAACUACAAGGGAGAGGUCGGCUUCGCCCCAUACACAAUACUGAAACAGCUGCAAGGAGAGUUGCCAGACAAGUUAGGACGAGCUGACCAUCUGCUGGACAGUCUACAGAUACACAACACAGCAGGACCCCCAUCCAGGACCACCAACUCUGAAGCCUCUUACCAACACGACCUGACCACAGCACACCUGGGAGGCCCCGCGCACCAGGAGCUCCGUGAAGAGGCGUCUCCUCCAGCGGGUCACGACUCGUACCUAGGGCACCCACCCCCACUCAGAGCAACAGCCCCGCACCUGAGGAGAAAGGAAUCUGUUCCCGCCUUAAGGUACUCAGCCACGAUGUACCCACCCCAGCAGACGACACCACGUGAACAGUUCUCGCCUUACCCCCCUCGGGGCGCCCAGACGCCCCAAGCCCAGUCGACGCCAACUCAACAAAAGAGGAUAUCAUUCAGCCAGCAUCAGCCUGCAACCAAUCAAAGAGCCGCUUCCUUCAAGUCUAGCAGCGAGCAAGUGACGUCAUUUUCCUACCCAGAUUCGCCUGUACGCUUUAGACAACAAUCGCCGACAUACCCGCAGCAACUGAGAGGUGUUUCAACAAAACAGGACCCACCCCCAUCCUACUCUCUGUCGUCUGUCCAGCCACCCCACCAUGCAUCUAGUCUAGAGGAAGACAAAUACGACUUGGAUAUGCGACAAAGAGGACGAAGCAAAGACCACAUGAGUGAAAUACACUCUAGGGUUACGCGUGGCGCCCGCUCAAGUGACGUCAUCAAACUAACGGAAAACUCGAGAGCGGAAGACGUGGAAACCUGGCUGGCACAAAAGGGAUUCAGUGAGGUAGCCCGCGAGGCGUUGGCCGGAUACACGGGAUGGGACCUGUUCCAGCUCCGUCUGAGUGACGUCAAACGUCUGCUGAGUCAUGACGAGGCUAUCCGUCUGGACGGCCUGAUCCUCCUGCAGAAAAACACGUCUGGGUACAGCACACGAUCAGCCAAAGAACUCAAUGACAUCCUGGAGAAGCGGAAGAGCCAGAUGAGAGAGGAAGACGACAGCAGACAGCAGAUCCGUUGGCACGACCAGGAUAACGCGAAUGUCGGGAGCUGGUCUAGACACAGUCUACGUGAUCUCCUUCAGCGGCAGAGAACUCAACUCAGACCAGUCGACGACUUCUGAUUGGUUGAAAAUUUUGAUUGGUUGAAACUUGUGAUUGGUUGAAACUUCUGAUUGGUUGAAGCUUCUGAUUGGUUGACCUGUCUAAGCAGGAGAGAGGUGCUAUUUCAAUGAAGACAACAUGCCGGCAAACAUCAAUAUACAGCGAAAUUUCAAAAUAUAUCCUAACGUCAAUGAAGAACAAAACGUACAUAUAACCAUACGUCAAUAUACAAUAUUUAGCCAAACGUCAAUAUACA